AUGGCCUUUCAAAUUAGAACUAAUAGGGCGUUGACCAGGACAUCGCUUGUCGUCCUUGCCCUUCUUUUCGCAUAUUUACUGAUAUCCUUCCUGUCGCCGCCUACGCCCAUCGACUCAGAAUCAUCGCUGGAUAUAGAUCCCAUAGACGUACUCCACGACAGAAAUCCAGAUGUGCAAAUCCAACCAGGCAAGACAGAUCAAACAUUUGCAGAUGAUACGACAGACAGCACCAUAGAUCGCAAGCCGCCAUCAACUACUAAAAGGAGGAAACAGCCUGCGUACAAGAAUGUAUCGCUUCCUCCUCCUGGAACUGUCGAUAAGCCUUGGGAGUAUCCAAGUCACUACCCUCCCCUAUAUAGAUUUUUCGCUGUUGCUCUCAAGAGUGGGAGGGAUACAGCUCUUAUACGAGUGCCGAUACAGAUGCUCACCUUCCUGAAACGGCUGGAUAAGGUCGUUAUUAUUGGAGAGGCUGGUGGUAUUUCGGUUGGGGAGAUACCUGUCAAGGAUGUAUAUACCGGUGUAUAUGAGGACGCUGAAAGGAAUCUGGCUGCCAAGAAUCUAUCGAAACGAUGGCUUGUAGAUGAGCCUGUACAGUUAGCAUUAUUCAAUCAAAAAAAUACCCAACCUGUCAUGUACGGCAGUAAUUAUGACACACUACCACGGUCGAAUCGUAUUAUUGCAUGGUGGGAUGCUACAAGGACUUAUACUAUAGAUACGACAAAGGACAUAUUUGAGUGGUGCAGUAGUAUACUAGCCAUGAUGAAAAGUACUAACAGUAGUAGUGACAGUGACAGUUUGACAGGCUCAACUCGUCAUGACCUGAUACACCAGCAGCAGCCUUGUAAUAGGACUUCUCGCCUGAAAAAACGAGCAAAAGCAGAUGAGGCUGUAGAAGUGAAUAGUGAAGCUCAAGGAUGGAAACUAGAUGCACAUAAAAACUUGCCAGGAUUUAGAUACCUAUAUCAAUCAUAUCCGGAAGCCUUGUGGUACUUUAUGGUGGACGAUGAUACCUAUAUGUUUGUAGACAAUCUCGUACGUCUGUUACUACCCUUUGAUCCAUACGAGCCAUACUACUUUGGAGCACAUAAUUUAUUUGUUGGAUGUGAUGGAGUCAAAACGUUUGAUGAGGGCCCACCAUUCGCACAUGGUGGAUCUGGUAUAGUCCUGUCUCGAGGAGCCAUGCUGAAACUACUAGAUGUAGUUGAUUCAUGCAUUAUAAAGUAUAGAGAUUGCUGGGCAGGAGAUGUCAGAACAGGUCUAUGCAUGCGUGACGCAGGCGUCAAACUGCAAGGUAUGCCUGGCUUCAACACUGAUCCGCCAAACUCGAGAUUUGGAUGGCCUUCCGCAUCAUGUAGUAGACCACAUACAUUCCAUCACGUCACCACCAGCCAAAUACAACGAUUAUCGCAUGCUGAAGAGCAAGCUAUAAUACAUAAUCCUGAACCUGUAGUCACAUAUGCCGAUAUAUUCAAGGAAUUCUCGUCUGAUUUGACAAUGGUGCCUGGUGUAGAAGUCGAUACCAAUAGACCAGGAAACGAUUACGAAAAUUUUUAUACAGAGACUGCUGAUGCUUGUGAGGCAAGGUGUAAAGCUAGCUCGAAAUGCUCUGCGUGGACUUGGGAAGGUGAACAGGGCAAGUGGUGUUGGCUGAAGGAUGCCAUACCGGCAAGUAAAACAAAGAAGGGGGCCGUGUCUGGUAUCAUACCGCCUAAAGUACCAUCAGAAACUAAAUAUAAAUGUGAAUGGGGCACAUGA